AUGACCUGGUCAGUAUACUCGUGCCUGCAGCCAACCAACCCUCUAAGACCUGUAAAUACAUCUGCCAUUCCCGCUGAUCUUGCCCCGCCUCCAGGUCCAAAAAAAAAUGAACCUUCGAAUCUGAAAUCUGGUAAGACAAAACGUGAGGCCAAUUGUUCAAACUUAAACCAAAGGUCUCUCUCGACAUGCAAAAAAGUACAGCAGGAAAGGAGUCUGGCACUCGGCUAA